UUCUACGUAAGAUGAGAGCCAAAGAGGUUGUAUAUAUACGGAAACAGCUGCACCAAUUUGCUUUUCCUAGGAAACACCUCCCAUACUUCUUACUAGUACUACUAGUCUACUACCACAUUCUCUCAGAUCAACAGCCAAUAACACUGUUUACAUAUAUAUCAUCUGUCAAUCAUUCCUCUCAAAAGCAAGAAAAGGUGGCCAAAAGUGGACAAGGAGAUGCAAGCUUUCUUGCUCCUUCACAUCAGUCGUUGAAACAUAGCCAACUCCAGUAACCACCCAGCUUUCUGGCUCUACACAUGUAAGGAGGCAUUGGAUCAGACUAAGAUUGAUCAAGAAAGAUGACUCGACAAUUGAAGCAGUCUUCGUGGCCGAAGCAAGUAGUGAGAAAAUGGCUGAACAUACAGAGUGGUGCUGAUGAAUUUUAUUCGGAUCACUCAGUCAAAGGUAUGCCGGAAACUAGAAGAGAUGGAAGGACGAGUUACUCCGGUGAAAACAGUUGUGCGAUCGUGCCUGAGGAAUUUUCCGCAGAAGAGUGGGUGAUAGGGUCAAAGGAUGAAAGUAUGGACAUCUCAAGAUUUAGUCCGGAGAUGCCUCGGGUCACAGAUCCACUCAAUCUCAGGAUGGCCGUGGGGACAUGGAAUGUUGGAGGAUUAUCACCAAAGGAGGACAUGGACUUAAACCACUGGCUAACUACUCAUGCCCUGGCCGAUAUCUACGUUCUUGGGUUUCAGGAGAUCGUACCCCUAAAUGCAGGAAAUGUUUUGGGUGCAGAGGACACUAGCCCAGCUGCGAAAUGGCUUUCCAUCAUUCGACAAGCUCUAAAUAGUCAAAAUGUUGAUCCACAAUCUCCUGAUUGCUACGAUUGCACCAGUGAUGCUAAAUUCAGCCAAGCAGAAUUUUUAAGGCAUUCAAGCUCCAGUGGUGAAGAUCUAUCAAGUUCGCCUCGGUUCUCAAUGGGGCUAGAUUGUCCCUUAGAAAAUGGUUAUACUUUAGCAGCAAGUAAGCAAAUGGUGGGACUUUUUCUCUGCAUAUGGGUCCGCUCAGAUUUGUAUAGCCAUAUCAGCAAUCUAAAAGUUUCCUGCGUUGGUAGGGGUAUCAUGGGAUACCUUGGAAACAAGGGAUCCAUUUCAAUGAGUAUGACACUGCACAACACAACAUUUUGUUUCGUUUGCACUCACUUGGCCUCUGGACAAAAAGAGGGAGACGAGGUAAAGAGAAAUAUGGAUGUCAUGGAGAUAUUAAAGAAAACUAGGUUUCCUCAUUCACGUGGAGUUCGUGGACAACCAAGGCCUCUUGAUAGCAUUUUGGAUCAUGAUAAAAUCAUUUGGCUGGGUGAUCUAAAUUACCGACUGGCAUCUGGUGCUGACACUAAUGAGCUACUCAACAAUAAUGACUGGCAAGCGCUCUUGGAGAAAGAUCAGUUGAAAAGAGAGCAAAGAGCCGGCCGUAUUUUUGAGGGAUGGGAAGAAGGCAAAAUAAAUUUUCCUCCAACCUAUAAAUAUCUUACCAACUCUGAUGAGUAUGUAGGACAAACUUCCAUUUCUAAAGAGAAGCAACGAACUCCUGCUUGGUGUGACAGAAUACUUUGGAAAGGCGAAGGACUAAAGCAGAUAUGGUAUGAAAGGGUUGAGUCCAAGUUUUCGGAUCACAGACCAGUCUGUUCACUAUUCUCAGUCAAAAUGAAUGUUCCAGACCAGUUUGAACUCCAUAACACGUCCAACAAACCGUGUGGACUACUACUCCCACAAGAUAUGUUGUUGCUAAAUGGAGCACAGACUUGCAUAAAAAGUACCCACCAGUUUGCAGUCAUAGCUUCAUGAGUAGUCAUCAAUGGAGGGUUUGACAACUGUUAAACUCUGCAACUAGACAACUACCAUUGAACAUGUUCCUGACAAUGCAGUUGUCUCAGCCAAAUUUUAGGGAUUGCGUAUCUGCAAUGUGGGUUUAGCUUCUUUAAUAUGUAGUGCUAAAAUUAUAUUACUAGAGAUCAUAUCAAUGCUUUUAUACAUAUUGAUAGAUGAUCACGUCCGGUGUGCCUAUGGAUGAUUGAUACAUGGUUUGAUCAGGGAAACAUCGCGGAAGCAUAUAUUUCAUCUACUCAUACAGUAAUCUGGUAGUAGAAGAUGAUGAUAGUCCGAUGGGAAGUGCAGACUGCAGAGUGUGCACAUUCAUGUAGAGAUAUGAACAUAAAGGUGGCUAGAUGCUGCUGCUUAGGCCUUUCGAUUUAGGAAUUAUUGCUUUCUGAGUUUUUUCUUGCAGAAGAUAGUGUUUUUUUGUUUGAACUUCAGAGAGAAUCAUUGGAUUAGGUGGAAAAUAGAGGGAGAAGGUAAAUAGUUUUGUAGUAUAAGCCGUUUGUAAGGUAGUAUGUAGAAUGGGAAACAGGUGGGAGAAUUGUUAAUUGUUGUUCAUUUCUUCAUCUCUUCAAUUUUGUCAGUUAAAUGAAAUUUAUGUUUUGUGUA